AAUAGCUCCAGUUUGCAUUUGUUUUUUCCGAUUUGCUGGCUAGUGAUGUCUGGAGAGAGGCUACCCAACGGCUUCAGCUCGACCCCUCUCAAAGACUUCCAUCCAUCAAAGGACUUUGGCGACGGAAUCCUAUCCGACGAAGAAGACACUUUUUCUCUGCUUUCUCCAAUCUAUCAUGACAGCUUCGACAGUGACGAAGAAGAACUGAGAUCCAUCCCAGAUCAGCAGACCACUUCCCCCAGAGAGAGGGAUGACACCAGGCUCAGUAUUUCACCAUUCAGAUGUGAGCUACCAAAAGCGAUUUCGGAGCAGCCUGCAGCUUCACCUACCCUCAGUGCGUGGGAAAUGUGGUUGGUGAAUAAAGUAAAAGAGGACCGUCUUAAGCAGGAAAAGAAAGUAGAAAAGGAGCACUUAAUAAAAGAAAGAAAAGAAAAACAAGAACAGGAGCAGGAACAGAAAAAGCUCAUCAUGGAAAAGAAGAUCCAAGAAUGGCUAAAACUUAAAACAGAACAGGAGAGACAUGAGCAACUUCUUAAACAAAGAAAGGAGGAGGAGGAGAUGCAGAGGCAGCAGGAGAGACGGCGCGCGACUGAACAGAAAGCUCAACGAAAGUACAAAGACUGGCUGCAAAGAAAGAACCAAGAAAAAAUAGAAAAGGAAAAGAAGGAGAAAGAGGAAGCCUCCCUGAAGGAGGAGCAGGAGAUGGAGCGGCGUAGGAGGGCUGAAGAGAAGUUUAAGGAAUGGCUGGCAAAGGCCAAUGAAAAAAGCAAAGCUAGUCCCAAAAAGCCCAGCUAUCCAUCAAACAGACUGGGCAGUGAGCUGUUUAUGACAGAUGAGGAGCGUCUGGCACUGGAGGCCCGCAGGGACUUGGAGAGGAAGGAGCUGAUGCACCAGAAGAAGGUGGCACUGGAGACCAACAAAAUCAUUAAAGAGCAGCAGGAGAAGGAGAGACAGUGA